AUGAAACAGCAAAAAAAAUUAGUGCUACAUUUCGAUUUGAAUAAAACUAUACUGUUGGCGGAUUCCAAAUAUACAACUCAAACCAAAGAAGAAUGUGUAUGAAAAGAAAUCUUUUGUUUUAGUUAUAAGAAAUUCUGGUUGGAUAUGCAUGGGGUAAAUUAGAAUAGAGGGAUGAGAAAUCCCCAGUCCUAUGGAAAUUAUUAACAAACAACUUCACUCCAAUCAGACCUAGUGAAGAUAUGAUUUCAUAUAAGGAAUACAUAUGUUAAUAAUUUCCACUCAAAACAGAAGGAGAUCCAGAUGAUAUUACAGAAUAUAAUAACAGUGCCAUGUAAGAGAGAUUAAUAAUUUAUUCUAGAGAACAACGCAAGCAAUUAUAUUUUCAGUUUGUUAAAUUAGGGUAACCUUGUAUGAAGUUGAAACCAGAAUAUGACAGGAUUGUCAAAUUGAUUGUAUAGUUUGCAUCAUUAACAUGUAUUAGACGUUGCCUAAGGCUGUGAUUGAAGAAUUAAAGUAAUAAGCUGAGGAAUUUGGAUUCUUAAAUGAGGAUGAGGUUAAGUAAAGAAAUCUAAAUUAAUUGUUAUCGGACAAGGAUAUGCUAAAUAAUUUAUUUUCAGAUAAUAAAUAUCAAUUGUUGCCUACAUUUUAUAAGACAAUAAUCAAUUUGAAAAAAUAAAAGAGAGAAUUUGCAAUAGUAUUUCGACCAUUUGGAACAGAUCCAAAAAACAUUUUGAGAGAAUUUAAUAAAUUUUGCUUAGGAGAACAUCCAUGUUUUAGUGGUAGAAAUAACACUCCCAUAGUUAAAUUUGAUGGAUCAAAAGGGACUAAGAAUUAUAUCAUUUUGGAUAAACAAUGUGCCUUAGUUUAUAGACAAUAAAAUUAAUUGGUGACAGGAACUUUGAGAAGAACUGACAAAUAACAAUUGGAAGAUGGAUAUGAAAAGGAAUUGGAAGAAGAAUAAGUCUAAAUAUACAAUGAAACAUAAAUGCUCUUAAAGAUUACAGAAUCGUUGAAGGAAAGUUGUGCUUUGUGCUACGUUGAUGAUUAUCACUUUUAUUAAGCAUAACCAAGUGAAUAGAAUGCUAAAUAGUUGUAUGUUGAUUAAUAAGAUCCUGAUACACUUCACAUAUUUUUUGAUGAUGGAAUUCAAGAGUAAUUCAUACUUAAUAAUUAGAAAUGAAAAUAACUUAGUUUAAGUAACAGACUGUGUGACAUUGGAAAAUCUAAGUAGAAAGAAGUGUUUGAAUAAGUACUUAGUACAUGUGGACAUUUUGGAUGUUAUCAAAGAUCCUGAUUACUUCAUAAAACAAAUUGAAAUAUGUGAAAGAAAUAGAAAUGAGGAAAUUGAAAGAAUAGAGAAGGGAAUCCCUGAAGAAUAAGCUGAAAUACCCAAGAAGACUGAUUGGGAAUUGUUGGAAGAAUGUUCUGAUGCUGAUUACCUACGAAAGACAAUCUUGCCAUUGUUGAUGCCUGCUUUAUAAUUAGUGGACAUAGAGAGGCCCAAAGAUCCUCUUGAAUUCAUAGCCAUGUAUUGUUUAAAGAACAAAGAGAUGGUAAAGAUUCCAUAGCCCCCUGAAUAAUAAGAAUGAAAUAAUUCUAAUUUUAUAUUAUUAUAAAACAUCAAAG